UUUGCCGCGAACCCUGACUGACUUAACUGGAAACAAAUCAAGUUUGCCACUGCAACCCUCUCCUUUCCACAAUUGAUCUAACAAAUGGUGAAUUAAUUUUCAAAAUUAGCUCUUUUUGAGUUUGAAAAUGGAAGAGCUGAAGAGGAAAACCGAUAUCAUGUUGCGUUCUGUCCUCGUUAGUGUGGGUCGCACUGGACUUGCACUCCGAUGGUUAGACAAGGAAUACAAAAGCAUUACUUACUCCGCAAUUCCCUACCAAGAAAUGGGCUUCUCAAGCCUCGAAAAGUACAUUAAGAGCAUUCCAGAAGUUGCUACCCUUUCAAGGGAUGCCGAUGGAGAAUAUGUGGUGCACGGAGUUCCAAGCGAGGCGGAUAAACACGUAGCGAAACUCAUUGCAAAGCAAAAGAAGCCAAAAAGGAAAGCGAAAGCAAAGGCCAGACGGCCGGUACAUGCGUCGAUGCACAAAUCAGGUGUGGGGAGAUCAGUGGCUCUACACAGGGCCCCGGUAAGGAAGUCCCCGCAAGCAGCAUCCUCUCGAGUAAGUGUUGCACCCUCCCGAGUAGGAGUAGCUCCCUCUCGAUUUGGUACAACACCUCGGUUUGUUCCGCCUCGGAUGAUGAGGGCUCCGGGCACGAACACAUCUGUAGACAGGAAUGGGGUAGAGCAACAAAUUGCCCAACAAAUUCAGCAGCAGGCUAAAAAUAUGGUGGCUGCUUCACUAAAUAGCUCCAGAACAGUUCAGUUAAAUAAAUCACAGCCAGGUUUAUUUGCGAGUUUACCUCAGCAGACUGCAGUCUGUGGAAAUAAGAUCAAUGGAAUGGCGUCAAAUAAUAGACAAGUUACUGUGGUCUCUCGCCAAGAGGAGCCCCCUCACAGGAAAAACUGGAAAAAGAAAGCAAAAAGUCAAGGAAGUGGACCAAAUUGGGGAGGAAUGGAAGUGACUUUUGAGAGUGGCCAUGAUAAUCAAAAUGAAUCUUUUAAGCGUACAGUCAAAGUGUCAAACUCUUCCAGUGCUCAAGUUGACUCUUUAAGUAAAGAAGAAUUGGAAAUUUAUUCCAGAAUUAAGAAGAAAUUCCUUGUACCUCAUGAGUAUCCUGGAGAUAACAUCAUUGUAUAUCCUCCUAAACUGCUGGAGGAAAAACCAAAGGUCAGUCACACACAACCACAUCAGGCUAAUGGAGGUUCACCACAACAUGUUGAAAUUUAUACACUGAGACCGCAAGAUCUUCCAGAAAAAGGAACUGCAACCAAGGUUUCCAUUUCCCAUGUGGAUAGUCCAGCUCAUUUCUUUAUUCAUUACAAGCACACGUGGGAUUCACUUGAUGCUCUGAGUGCCGAGUUAAAUGAAUUUUUUCAGAAUCCCUCAAAUGGAAAGGAUCCUUUACCUUCACUUAAACAAGGAAUGUUUUGCUGCGCUCAAUUCAAGGAGGAUGAUGCAUGGUAUCGAGCAAGAAUUACAGAAAUGAAAACUCAAGGAGAUACCCCUCAGGCCAAUGUUAUUUAUGUGGACUUUGGUAACAAUGAAAUAUUACCAGUAUCAAGACUUCGCAUGCUGAGGAAAGAACAUGCAGAACUGCCGAUGAUCGCUGUGUUAUGUGCACUGGAUGGAGCUCUCCCUACUGGAGGGGGAAAAAACUGGAGCACGGCCUCAAUAGAGAGAUUUCAGGAGCUUUGUUCUGCAUCUGAAGUUUUGCAUAUGAGAGUUGUCAGAGGGGAAGGUUACCUUCAAACUCUUUUUGUGCUGGAUUCCUCUGCUUGCACUGUCAGCCUCCAUGGACUGCCUAAAACAAAGAAUGAUGAAGUUCUGUUGAAAGUAAAACACAUGACGCUCAACAAAGAUAUUGUGGCCCAAGUUAUACAAAGGGAUGGAAAUACAGCAUCAGUAGAAUUAUAUGACACUUCUUCCGAAGUUGAUAUCAACAUCAACGCAAUGUUACAGCGGUUGGUCAUUCCAGAUGUGGAUAUGGCUCCAGUCCUUCCCAAGGUUGGUGAGCAAAUUGAAGCAUUUGUGACUUACGUUACACCAGAGGGUCAUGUGUUCAUACAGAUUCAUGGGGGGGGCACUACAAGGUUGAAUGAACUUAUGGAAGACAUUGCUGAACAUUACUCACAGCCAACAAAGGCUGCUGAGUUUGUGUCCAGUCCCCACAAAAACAAAAUGUGCUGUGCGAAAUGUUCAGAUGGGGUCUGGUACAGAGCCAUAGUGACAAAUGUAUUGCCAGACAGACAGGUCGAAGUACAGUAUGUCGACUUUGGAAACAUAGAAGCACUUCCACUAGCAAGUCUGCGUGAACCAACAAGAGCCAUAAGUCAUGUCAACUCUCUUCCUUUCCAGGCGUUAGAAUGCAAGCUGGAAGGAACUGAGAAGCAGGGCCUGACAGAGGAACAGACUGAGACGAUCAUUGAGAGGGAUGUAUUACUUGAGGUUGUUCAGAUGGCAGACGUUCCUUUGGUGAGGCUUUUUAUUUCUUCUGAGAACGAGGAAGACGCCUUAGUAAACGUGGGAGAGGUGUUGGGAUUAGAGACAGAAGAACAGAAAGAAACACACGAUGAAGCAGCUGCUGCUGGAAUUGACAGCACUGCUUUGGAAUAUAAUGAUGAUGACAAAGACAGCGUGACGUCAGAGAGCUCCACAGAGGCCUGUAGGCCAGUAGAUGAUGGCAACAUGACCACAGCACUCCUCUCCAAACCGUGGGUGGACAUUUGUAUACUGGAGGCUAUUGACCCCAGCACGUUUGUGUUUCAGUGUUUGGAGCUCCUACAACAGAAGGAGGAGCUUGAAGAGAAAAUGCAGAAAUACUACACAGUAAGUGGGGUGGAGCCAGUAGGAGAGGACUUAGCACGUUGGUCACAGGAGGCCAUCGACCUGUUUGGAGAAUUGACCGCUGACAAGAAGUUAGUAGCUAAACCAAGAGGCCUGGUGGCUAAUCGUAGCCGGUUGACAAACGAAGAAACUAAAGUGUCACUUGAGCUUUAUGACACCUCAGAAGGGAACGAAGACGUGCUUAUUGCCGAUGUCUUGGUUAAUAAGAGCUUGGCGAAGAAAAUUAACGAAGGCUAAUUUGGAAAUGAUAUAAAAUAGUGUAUGCCUUGAAGGAAGCAUCGUCAUCGGCUGUGUACUUGUCAAGGCGUUUGAGAAAAACAGGCAAAUUCUUUGCGGUAGGAAAAAAAAUUCCUAUUAAGUACGAGUUCAAUAAGGUUGCUUGCUCGGUGAUGUUGUUACCUCGUAGUUGCCAUUGCAGUCGUUAUUUUCGUUGUCACGCAGCAAUUGUAUGCGUGACAAGCUAUUGUGCGCGUCAGAUUAGCGGAAACAACCGGAGCAGGAUUUUAAGACGAAGCAACGUUUACUUACGUCGGGUAAACAAGUACUGAGGUAUUGAGAUUGAGCCAAGCUGCUCAAAGCAGCUCUAAAAGAGGUGUUAUGCUCCAGAAUUUCUUUUGCUUUUUUUAGUUUUUUUUCCAGUUACAGUUAGGGAAAGGAUCGCUAGUGUUGAUUUAAUUAAGACCCUUAACUCCAAGAAGUGAUCAACACGUAACUUCUCUUCAUAGUGUCCUAAUGUCGUCUAGAAAAUAGGCAAUGAGAAUCCUCAAACUUAUCAGGUUGUAGUUUUCUUCGAUCUAACACCAAACUCUCUUAAAUGAUUUACAAGGAAAUGUGUUGCUGCUAGUGGGGAGAAUUGACGAUUAGAUCUUUGGAAUUGAAGGAUUGAUUAUUUACGGUUUUUUUUAGUCGCUAUUUCUUAAAAUUACCUGCUUUAUGCCAGCUGUUGGAAUGAUCAAUAGAUAUUCAACCCAGCUGUGUUAAAGUCGAAUUAAUAAAGUGGGUAAGUUCUAAAGAAACCGUGAUGCUGCGUCGGUAGGAGAGUAUAACAGGGUAAUUUAGUAUUAUCAACUGAGUUGGUAACAUAUUUUGGCCACCGUAAAGUGUUUCAUAGCUGGCGUUUCGAGCAUUCGCCCUUCAACAGAGCGUAUGACGCCUCUCGCCUUUCGCUCUGACGAAGAGCUAACGCGCGAAACAUCAGCUUCGAAACUCUUUACGGUGGCCAAUCUACGUUCUCAACUCAGUUGAUAAUAUUAAAUUACCCUGUGUAAAACUCUAGCUUACCUGAGCUCCUCUGUACGCUACCAAACAAGUCCUCUGAGCGCCGUCUUAGCCAGAGUCACGUGCUGCGCGCCUGUGACGCG